AUGUACUAUAGGCUCCGAGUCUCCGCCGGAAGGAGGCCGCUGUUAUUCUUUACGCUGCUUGCGUGUCCUGCUGCGCUUUACAACGGCAAGCAGAGUGAUUUCCGACAGAGAGAAACGACGCAGUACCUAACAUCAGGGUCUGCGUGUGUACACCAGCGGCUCCAUGAGCUCGCGAGGAAGAAGAGUACUGCGGUGUUCGCGUGCUUCGUCGACCUCACCAAGGCAUACGAUUCGGUAGACCGAGACCUAUUGUGGGACGUGCUCCGACGCUUCGGCGUGCCCCCGAAGAUGCUGGCGGUCAUUCGCCACUUCCACGAGGGCAUGAGGGCGCGCGUCCGAACGGACGACGGGCAGUACUCGGAAUGGUUCGACGUGGGCCAAGGCCUCCGACAGGGAUGCAACCUGGCCCCGCUGCUGUUCAACUUGUUCUUUGCCGCGAUGCUCAUGGUCGCCGUGGCCGAGUUCGACAAGGACCCCAAGGUGACGGCGGACAUGGUCAAGAUCGGGACACAAGUGGAGUACACGGGCAAGAAGGGCAGGUCGGCGGGGA